CGUUUAACGGCAAAUCGCUGCUCAACAAAGGUCUAUGCCAUUCGUCCCGGGUUUGUUGGAGGAACUGAGCUGGGUCGUGAAACUCACUGGCUUCUGCGAUCAUUGGCAGCACCAGUCAUCUGGAUGGUUUCGAAAAAUUUGGAUCAGGGCAUAGAGUCCAUCGUACACUGUGCUGUGACGCCUAAUGAUGAGAUGACAUCGGGCGCUUUCUAUCAUAAUUGCCAAGAAGAGGAUUAUGGGCCUAUGGAGAACGCUGCGGAUAUGUGGAAGAUGUUCAGAAGGAUGGAAGAGCUGAUACUCAUAAGAUGUCAUACGCUGACGGAAGAUGACAGACGACAGGCCGAAGAGGCAAGGAAGUUGACUCAGCCUGGAGUGGCUCACCGUUUCGCUACGGCACGCUUCUGCGACAUGGUCGUUGUCGCCGGUGAGGCUGCGUUGAUCAACAGGCAUUAUCAGUUUCUAAAAAUCGUGGGAAACAGUAGGGAUCCG